AACGAGUACGAUCAGUUCUUUUUAGAUUCUUCAACUGAGCGGUUGUUUUAAGCGAAGAAAUUGUUUUGUUUUCGUAAUUGGCCGUUCUGUUGUUGUUUUGUUGUUUCAAUCAAACUAAUUUGGAGGCCUUACAAUGAUGGCGAAAGUAUCAUUGAUAGUAUUCAGUUUAUUUAUUGCUCACUCAUGUGCGCAAUUAUCAUUAGACGAUCUUAUUGGACAAGUCUUCAAUAAUAAUACACCUUUAGUAGAGUCUACAACUCAAGUAUUUCGACCAACUCCAACAAAAACCACUGUUUUGAGUCCACCACGCAGCGGUGAAUCCGGUGGUUAUAGAUCAUGUGGUGUGGAUAAGGAAUGUGUACCCAGACAUUUGUGUGUUGAUGGCUCCAUCAGUACAACCGGUGAAAACUUUAUUGAUAUUCGUAUCAAUGAUGAAGUCUGUAGUUAUAGUGAAAUUUGCUGUGAUAUUCCCAAUAAGAGAAACGAACCUGUCAUUCCUCCCUUCCCCAAGGAACGUCAUGAAGGUUGCGGCUGGCGUAAUAAUGACGGUGUUGGCUUUAAGAUCACUGGUGACACCGACAACGAAUCACAAUUUGGAGAAUUCCCCUGGAUGGUUGCCAUUCUCCGUACCGAAGAUGCUGGUGGUGAGAUUAUCCAUUUGUAUGAUUGUGGUGGUUCAUUGAUUGCUCCAAAUGUUGUAUUGACUGCUUCUCAUUGUGUAAUCAAUCGCAAGGCCCAACAAUUGGUGGUACGUGGUGGUGAAUGGGAUACUCAAAAUACCAAUGAAAUUCUCAACCAUGUUGACAAGCCAGUUAGGGAAAUCAUUAUCCAUGAAAACUACAACAAAGGUGCUCUUUACAAUGAUGUGGCUCUUCUCAUUCUGGAAGAUGGUUUUGUUUGGCAAGAAAAUAUUCGUCCCAUUUGCUUGCCCGAACCCAAUGCCAACUUCGAUCAUAGCCGCUGUUAUGCUACCGGCUGGGGUAAAGAUAAAUUCGGUCGUGAGGGAAAAUACCAAGUUAUUUUGAAGAAAAUCGAUUUGCCAGUAGUUCCUCAAGCCACCUGUCAAAAAUACUUGCGUGAUACUCGCCUCGGUUUGUACUUCAAUUUGCAUGAAAGUUUCAUAUGUGCCGGUGGUGAGAAGGAUAAGGAUACCUGUAAGGGUGAUGGUGGUUCACCUUUGGUUUGUCCCAUUCCUGGUGUUAAGGAUCGUUACUAUCAAGCCGGUAUUGUUGCCUGGGGUGUUGGUUGUGCAGAAGAGAAUGUUCCUGGUGUUUAUGCUAAUGUACCAUACUUACGCCCCUGGAUUUCAGAAAAAUUAGCUGCCAGAGGAAUACCAUUUGCUCCUUUUACUCCCUAAGUUGAAAUUAUUUCCAGAGAAAUUAAAAUAAUGCACAUAUUUGUGUAACAUAAUUAAACAAAUAAAGGUUCUUUAGUAAUAUAAUGAUUGUUA